AUGUCAAUCGCUCAAUCGGUGGCCAUUGCAAUGGCCGUCAAGAAUGGUUAUGGAAGCCAUUUGACAUCGCUGGACGACUCAAGAGUUGAUAGCAUUAUGAAGGAAGCAUUCUUCAUCUACCUCGGGGUUUCGAACAUCCUGACCGACGUGGCGAUAAUUGCGCAGGCUGUCCAGGUGAUCGCCAUUGUACAGACAACCUGGAAGAGAAGAGCCAAUAUCAUCGCUGUCUUUCUGUUUCGCGUCAUCACAAUCAACUCAUCUGAUGCCACCUCCGAGACCUGGCCGGUCACUGUUGCCUCCCAGUUGGUGCAGUGCCUGAGCAUCGUGACGGCCAGCGCACCGCAGUUUAUCCCCUUCCUCAAGCAACUCCAAUCAACUGGCAUGAGACUCGACGGCAUGACUCGCUACACGCUUUCUAGCCAUCAUAAAUCGUCCCGCGGCAGGUACUACCUCUCCACCGAUCGAAGACGCACCGGCAAUGAGUCCACUCAUGAACUCGACAAUAUUCCUUUGGCAACAACCAAAACGGUGGUGACAUCGAAUGCGAAUGGUCUAGAAGAGGACCAUGAUAACGAGAGUCAGUUAAGCCAGACAGGCAUCAUCCGUGAGACUCGGACUUGGACGGUGACAGAGGAGCAUACAUGUCUGCCCGGCCACAACGGAUGA